ACAUUAUUGACAUUUUAUAGAAUGAUAUAAUUUUUAAAUUUAAGCAUUAAAAUGGUAAUAGGAGCUUUUCCUGCGGCUAAAUUAGGUGCUUUACUAUUAAAACAAAUAAGUAAACCAAUAGCAAAUCUUGUGAAAGAACAAGCAAAGAGUUCUCCAGUAUUUAGGAAAUAUGUGUGUAUGCCACCAGCCCAAUUUUAUAACUGGUGUGAGGUGAAAGCAAAAAUGUGGAUAUUAAAUUUAGGAAAACCAGUAAACAUACCGGUGUUAAAUGAAGCUAUGGCAAUAGAAUUAGGCGCUAACUUACUUGGAGAGGGAAUUAUAUUCACAAUAGCGGCAGGUGUACUCAUAGCUGAAUAUAAUCGGUCCUCUAGAAAAGAAGCAACCAAAGAGGAGAUGAAAAAACGUGAAGUAACUGAAAUACAAGAAGCAAUUAAAGAACUAUAUAUUCAGUCUGAGGAACAAAAUGCUCAGAUAAGAGAACUGACCAGGAAGUUAGGACAUUUGGAUACUCAUCUGCAAAAUAUCGUUAGAAAUUCAAAACCUUCAACACCAAAUUCUACGCAACCCAAAAACACACCUCGAGAUUUAACUUCGAAGGACAACAUAGUCCAGGAAAUAUGUUAUUACCCCGACGCCAAUAUACAUAAUGUAUCAACGAAUUUAAUAUUUGAAGCAUUAGAUGAUUUGAAGCAAUUCUGGAGUGGAAGAGGAUAGUAGAUCUCUGUAUAUUAUUAUUAUUUUUUUAACUUUUUAUAAAUGUAAAUAAAUUGUACUUUAUAGGUUCCAAACUUAGGGUUUAUCUAGUCACUUUUAGGAGUUCGAUACAAUUUUGCUUCAUUGAUGUAUAUUUUAUUAAAAGAUCUGUAAACAGUACUAAAAAUAAAAUUAAUACUUUUUGUUAUUGUUCGAAAUUAAAAUAAAAGUUCUGUAUGAAUUAAAGGUCCCACAUAUUUUAUAAUUUAAAGGUUUGAUGUUUUUAAGCUAGACCAAUUAGCAAGCAAUUAUAUUUAAAAUAAUUGACCAACGAUGGCUCGCAAAAAUUAAAAUGGUCAUAUUUUGAUAAUGAAGCUUGCUAAUAGUGCUGUUUUUUAGGAGCAAUAAUAAUAAUAAGUCAUUCUAAUCGCAAAGAUUAUCCUAAAAGUACGACAUAUGUUGGUAGACCCUAAGCACCAUUUAGUGCAGUUUUCAAGAUGUUGGGGUCGGCCACUCCUAUUUUCAUUUUUUUGUCUUGCAAAUUUUGCUCGAAAUAUUUUUACCAUGAAGGUUUACAAUAUGGGUUUAAAAAUCAUCCCCAUAUGGGACCCACGUUUCAGUACCAAGAUAUGACCACUUUAAUUUUUUCUUACAUGUUUUUUUUUCUGUAAUUUUAGCUUUGCUAUUUUGAAAUGGAAACUUUAUAUGCUGACUUUUCCGGCAUUAUUGCAUGGAGUUUUUAAAACUUAAAAAAUGACAAUUUUUUUCCCUGGAUAUUAAACAAUUUUUUUUUAAUAAAAUUAAAAUAAGUUUAAUCCCAUUUCAGAUGAGAUGUUCGAUAUGCACUACAUCCUACAUUUAUUUGAAAGUUGGCUGGCUGGAUGCUUCGUACGUCACAUCUGAAACGCUAUUUAUGACGAAAAGAUAUAAUUAAUCACAAUUUACAUAAACAAAAUGUAGAAAAUAAUCACAUUGAAUUCUCUUUUUUAUCCCACUUAUAAUUAAUUACAAGGUAAGUCAUCAGAUCCAAGAGUAUGCGUUAAUACUUUUGAAAACAAACGGGAUGUUUUAUACAAACAAUUUUUUAAAAUCGCUCCCUUUAUUAUUUCAAAUAUUUAAAAAAAAUACAAUUUUGUAUUUUGACAAC